AUGUAAGUAAAGUAUCCUGGUCGGAUAAAUUUGGAUGGGAAAUCCCCUAAAAUGGCUCUUAAAUUUUAGGAUAAACGUACCAAUAGCAGUCUCAAGUACUAUGCCCCAGUAGCAUCCUCUUUAAAUGCCUCUCCAAGCGGCAGAAAGUUUGACUUAAACAAGCUACCCAAGAUUCACAAUCGGAUUAAGGGUGGGAAUUUCAAUAAAUUUCUUCCACCUUCUACUGGAACAAACAAAUUAAUCAAACAAAAGACUAUGUUUCAUCAGAAUCUUAAUAGCUCUAAGGAUAAGUUGAACAAUAGUGUCUAAUAGCUAAAGAGUUUUGUAAACUCGCACUUGAAUAUCAGCUAAUCCUUUUAAUAAAAUGAUAUACCCUAACCAUAAAGUAAAAACGCAUCUAACAUCUUAAGACUUGCUGAUGAAUCGAUUGCAAUUCUCGAUAAAGAGAUGAGGAAGUAAAAUGACAUCAAUAAUAACUCAGCCAUUAUAAAGCACAAUAUGAGCUAAAGUUUUUACAAAGAAUCCAAAAUUGAGGAUAAGAAAUAACCAGAGUUUAUUGCAAGUUCCCUGGACUUGGUAGGUACAAGUAUUUGUAUUAAGGAAUCAACCCAAUCGCUUUAAAAAUUUCAUGAUUCUUCUUCAAUUUUAUAAAAUCAAAACAAUCAAUAACCACCAUAGUUAUCGCUGUCUCAGUAUAAUAGCUCAACUUCUUAAGGCAAUGGCUUUUAAUUUUAGCAGCAAUAGCAAUACUCAUAGUAAACAUAACCUCAAUCUUAAUAAUAACAAUAGUAAAAUUCUUAAUAAAACCAAAACUAACCCUUUUAAAACGUAGCUUUUCAAAAUUCUUUUAAUACAUCUCUAGUUGUUUAACAAUAAUCUCAUAUUAACUUUGAUGAUCUGACUGCGCUUGGAAAAAGACUUAAUACUUAUGAGAAGGAAUUUUCAAUUUUACCCUCGUUUGAGCAUAAAUUCAAGUAUCUUAACGAUUAAAUCAAUGAUCUGAAGCAAGUUGUACUUCAUAAAGAGUAUUAAAGUGUAGUGUAUUCAGUUUAGCAGAUUAUUGAGAGUCUAUUUAUAGAAUUAAAAGAUAAAAAAAGAAAGUUUAAGUUUUUAUCGAAUGAAUAAGAGGAAACUAUUAAAAAACUGUAAGAUAGUGCUACUCGAAUGGAAAACUAGUUAUUCAAGAUGAAAGUUGAAAUAGAAUCUUUGAAGUUAGAUCGCAAGCAUUUUGAAGAGCAGGGAGUAACUAUGGAAGUUAAAUAUGAGCAAUUAAGAUUCGAAAAAAGAGAUAUUGAAAGAAAAUUGUAAUAGGCAGUAGAGGAUCUAGAUCAAGAACAUUAAAGAAGACUUGAAGUUGAAGAGGAAAAUAAUAAGUUGAAUUUAAGUUAAAUACAAUACUAAUAGCAGCAGCAGGUAGUUGUAUCUUAGCCUACACUAUCAGAUGAGUAGAUGCAAGAAAUAUAUGCAAGAUAGAAUCCAAGCAUUAUUAUAGAGGAGUACAACUUGAAGAUAUAAAAGCUUAGUGAAUAGAUAGUGUCUUUAAACUUUGAAAAUAAAAGUCUAAUGGAGGGCCUAGAUUAUGCUAAAAACAAAGAGAAUAAACUUAUGUAUCUAAUUUUCAAGCUACAUAAGAAGGGUAUACCAGUUAAUUAAAUCUAUGAUGAAGAAGUCAAGCCCAUCUCAACUAGGAGAUUCAACAAUGAAAUGAUGAAUAAGGAUGGAAACUUGGAUAAUGAUUCAGCAUUUUAGGGUCUCUAAACCCCAGAUAUCAAAGGAGAAAGUUAUAUAGAUUUCGAUAGUCAGGCGAGUUACAGUGAACUUGGACUCUCUAAAGUUGAGCCAAAGCCAAAGCCAGAUUAUAUACCAAGUCUUAAUUUCUUUGGUUUGCCUGAAUAUGUAUCUUCUGAUGAGGAUGAACCUAUGCAAUAGCCAGAUGAUGUUUAUAUGGCAGUAAUGCAAGGAAAUAAGAUUAAAAACAAAAGCUUUUGA